CGGCGAGUCAGAUUUUUUUUACGGUGUUGUCGUGCCAUGGCGACUCAACCGGCGGCUGGAGUGGAUGGGAGUUCUCCCUUCUUCCCCCGGGUGGUUCGCCUGCGCGCCGAGACAGCACCCCCGCAGGGAUACCAUCGAGUGGAGGUCAGUCCAAGCUCGGGCUCGCCCGUCGUGUCGCAGGUGGUUGGCACUUUUCGGCCAGUCCCACGCGUGCCUUCGAACGUCACGGUCUUUCAGACACCGAUCGCCGGCAUCGCCCGCAGCCCGGUGGCGUCUCCCAUCUCCACGGUGUUCACGUCACCGAUGUCCUCCCCAGUGGUGGUGGCACAGCGAUCUCCGGUGUCUCCAAUGUCGCCCAUGUCACCGGUGGUGGUGGAGCAGUGGCAAACUGUUGAGCAACGACUGGCGAUGGUCUUCCAGGACAUCAUAAUGCCAUUGAAAUCUAUGAGCGGGCUACAUGGCUGUUCCCUUCAGCCAAGUCAGAGGCAGGAAUCUCAUGGAAUUUCAAGAGAAAGUAGCAGUAGGUUGGGCAAAAUCAGAUCACAAGAAGCAGAGUGCUUGGAAUGCAGACUUUGUUCGGUGAUGCGGUUCAUUUGUACUUUUGAGGUGCCCAGCCUUAGGAAUCGUAGCCAGCAAUCCUCACGUCCUCACGGGGAAUGGCGUAAAACCCCGUGGCCAUGGAUGUUUUUCCCUGGUCGUCCAUCUUUGGUGCCUGGUGGAUGUAAUGUGGCUUUGUCUCAAAGUGGGAAUACCGGGAUACCACCAUUUAUGGGACAAAUUAUGAGAAACCAAGGGAUUUUGUGGGUACCCAUGGGUACCCCAAUUUCAGACAGUCAGCCAGUCGUUGCUUCGCUCCUGCUGUGAUUUCUGAGCGCAGUGACGUUCAGAGUCGUAGCAGGUCGGGCUGCACCGCAGAACCAGAUCCGCCACUUCUGUACAGCGGACCGCCAUCGCAAACGUGAACAGGGCAGUGGUCUGAGUCUAACUCUGUGUGGCGCUUUUUCGCAAAA